GGCGGAGGAAGCCGCGGCGGCUCCUUGAACACGCCCGAGUUCAGCCCGGGGUCAGGCGGAGUUCGCGGCCCGGCCUUUACCUUUUCCGCCGCCGCGGCGCUCCCGGCACAUGGGGACCAGCCGGCGCAGCCUCCACCAAGCGGCCUGAGGCGCUGCGAGGGGCGCAGAGGAGCCGCCGCCGCCGCCGCCGCCGCCGUGGCAGCCGGGCAGAGACAUGCGUGUCCACGCGGACCUCGCCUGCCUGGCCGAUCCGACGGGGCUUCCAGGCGCAGCGAUGUUGGAUGCCUCGGAGGCGACGGGCCACUCCCGGCAGCUGCUGCUCCAACUCAACGCGCAGCGCACCAAGGGCUUCCUUUGCGACGUGAUCCUGGUGGUGCAGAACGCGCUCUUCCGCGCGCACAAGAACGUGCUGGCGGCCAGCAGCGCCUACCUCAAGGCCCUGGUGGUGCACGACAACCUCAUCAACCUGGACCAGGAGAUGGUCAGCCCGGCCGUCUUCCGCGCCGUCCUCGACUUCAUCUACACCGGCCGCCUGGGCCCCGGCGCCGAGGGCGAGGCUGAGCCAGCCGGCGGCGCAAACGGCGAGCCUGCCUUGGGAGCCAUCCUGGCCGCCGCCAGCUACCUCCAGAUCCCGGACCUGGUCGCCUUGUGCAAGAAGAAGCUGAAGCGCUCCGGCAAAUACUACCAGCUGCGCGGUGGCGGCGGCGGCAGCGGCGGGAGCUAUUCGGCCUCCGCGCCCUUCGGAAAGCUGGCCAGGGGCCUCCGCGCUGCCACACCGGUUAUCCAGAGUUGUUUCGGGGCUCCGCAGCGGCCGGUGGAGCCGAACAAUCCGCUCAGCACCCACUGCGGGGAGCUGUACGCCGCCGCCGCCCACCCACACGGGCUGUGCCCCCCGCUCUGCGGCCUUGACCUCUCCAAGAAGAGCCCGAACGGACCCUCCCCGCAGCUGCCCCCGCAGCCCCCGUCCGAGAGCCGCCUCCGAGCAGCGGUGGAGAGCCGCGAGGGCGUCCUGCCGCCCCGGUCCGAGAGCCCGGCCUUGCUGCCUCCCCACGCGGCCUUCGGGGAGCCCGGCUCCACGGCCCCGCUCCAGGCCGCCUUCCCCCACCUGCACCAUCGCGGUAGCGGCGGCGGCAGCCCGGGGACGGAGCCGAGCGCUCGGGUCGAGGUGGCGCCCGAAUUCCUCUACCGUUGGAUGAAGCACGAGCCGCUGGUGGCUGGCUACGUCCUGGAUGAGGAGGAAGAGGAGGAGGAGGACGACGAGGGCGACUGUGGCGGCGCCCGGCGGGAGCAGGGCAGCGGUGGCGAGCGAGAACUGGAGCCUCAGGCCCCGUCGCCUCCCGGGCCGCCUCCGCGCCACUACCUGGAGAGCGCGGAGCCCGACGGGGAGGCGGAGGACCUGGAGCCCGACAAGAGCACCAGCGAGGAAACGGGCUGCAGCAGCGGCGGCCCUUCUCCCGCGGGGGGCAGCCUGGAGCGCUACCUGGGCUACGAGCCCGAGAGCUUCGGGGGCGACAACCUCUACGUGUGCAUCCCCUGCGGGAAGGGCUUCCCCUCCUCCGAGCAGCUGAACGCGCACGUGGAGGCGCACAACGAGGAGGACGAGCUGUACCGCAAGGAGGCGGCCGAGGCGGCGGCGGCGGCGGGGCAGGGCUCGCCCUACCUGGACAAGGCGCCCCCGCCGGCCGCGCCCCCGCCGCCCCCGCCGCCCUCGGGGGGCCCGCCCGGCUGCGACCUGCUGCGCCCCUAUCGCUGCGCCUCCUGCGACAAGGCUUACAAGGACCCGGCCACGCUGCGCCAGCACGAGAAGACGCACUGGCUGACGCGGCCCUACCCCUGCUCCAUCUGCGGGAAGAAGUUCACGCAGCGCGGCACCAUGACCCGCCACAUGCGCAGCCACCUGGGCCUGAAGCCCUUCGCCUGCGACGCCUGCGGGAUGCGCUUCACCCGCCAGUACCGCCUGACCGAGCACAUGCGCAUCCACUCGGGCGAGAAGCCCUACGAGUGCCAGGUGUGCGGGGGGAAGUUCGCCCAGCAGCGCAACCUGCUCAGCCACAUGAAGAUGCACGCCGCCGCCGCCGCCGCCGCCGCCGGCCCCGACGGGAAGCUGAAGCUGGACUUCCCCGAGGGGGUGCUGGCCAUGGCGCGGUUGGCGCAGCAGCCCCCGCCGGACAAGGAGCUCUUCCAACACACCUCGCACUUCCUGGCCGCCGCCGCCGCCGCCGCCGCCGCCGCCGCAGACCCCAAGGCCGCCCUGGAGAGCCUCUACCUCGGGCUCAGCCCCGACAAGACGGCCGAGGUCUUCGCUCCGGGCGCCGUGGUGGCCGCCGCCCACCACCUGCACAACGACCACCACGCUCGGACCAUUGGCCGCUUCUCGCCCCCCUGACGCCCCUCCCCCCAGGCCUGGGAGGCGCCCCUUCUGACCUCCCCGGAAGGGGCCGCCUCGGGGGUGCCAGCGGCACCAGGGCCGACCCCCGGCUGCGCUUCGCUCCUUUCCCGUCUCCCUCGGCCCUCCAGCUGGCCAAGUAUAGCCAACUCGUCCCUACCUCAAAUGGUGCCCUCCGCCUCCACCGCCUCCGGGCGCGGAGGUCUCCGGCUGCAGAGGAGGGGGCGGCGGGCAGGGUCGCACCUGCGCCAAAGGGGGCGUCAGCGAGGCCUGACGGGGAUCGGUGCGAGCAGAGUUGGGGGUUCCCUGCCCCGGGCGGGAGGCGAGCCUCAGUUUGUUGGGACGAGGAAGUACGACGGGUGAGCCGGACUGAGCCAGCUGCCUCUCGCCCCAGCCUGGAGAGAGCCUAGCAGCAUAGGUAGCUGGCGAAGGCCAAGCCCCCCCCCCCUUCCGCUGUCAAGUUGCCUAGCUGGGGUUGGAAAGCUGCAGCCCCUGGGGGGGCUCUCUGAAUCACAGCCCCCCUUCUGCCUCGGGGAGGGACGGAGAGGUGUGUCAACCGGCCUCUUGGGGAGACCCUCACUUAACGGCUCCUGAGCAGGUGUAUGUCCCCCCUCCGGAGGCAGAAAAUGCUCGCAACGACACCCCUCGGGAACUCCGGAGCAAAGCUUCGCGGGAGUUGGAGGGGGGGCUUAUUGUGGCAGCCAGAGCCUUUCCUGCCUUCCUGGGCCUGGGAGAGGCUCCCGCAUCCCCGGCGAGGCCCUCCAGCCUCAGAAUUGCCUCCUCAAUGGCAGAGGAGUCCUGCCCGGCCUCAAGCCCCCAGAAGAGCGGGGG